GUCUCUGGUUAUGCAGGCUGUUUUUGAAAGAAAACAAGAGCAGUUAUAAAGCUGACUUUCUCAAGAACUACAUGCCCUUUUAUUCUAGGAAAGAGCCAAACGAACAAGAGGCCACUGAAGAUAAAACUCUGCACACAGUCAUGUGUGCAUGCCUCUGUUAGAAGGAGGGAAUGGAUUUCCCUUUAUUACAAGACUUCUCGGCACCUGUUGACACUCUGACAUUCUUUUCAGCUGAAGAACCGCUAAGUCCUGGAUUUCUCCACUGUCGCCCAGAGGAAACUUUGCACAAAAUCUGUGAAGUUUGAACAAGCAGCCUUCCCAAGAUGUACCGAAUAUCUCAACUGAUAUCAACACCAGUGGCAAGUUCUUCUGGCUCUGAGACAAGAUAUACUGGAGAGCCGUCUCCCACAUGUGUUUUUCCAAGUUUUGCCUGUGAUUUCCUAGAUGGUGGCACUUCCUUCGAAUGCUGCUCUGUAGAUCUCCUGACAGCCUCCCACUUUGCCUGUCGCCGAAGUCCCAGACUCCUCUCCAAUGGCUACUACACUUGGACAGAAGACAGUUUCCUUUGUGACAAAGAUGGCAACAUAACUCUGAGCCCACCCCAGACCAGUGUUCUUUACAAGGAGAAUUUAGUUAGAAUAUUUAGAAAGAAAAAGAGAAUCCGCCGUUCCUUUUCUAAUCUCUUCAACCUCGGUGCCUCUAAAUCCUGACUGCAUGGAAACAUCUUUGGUGAUGUUGACUCUUCCCUAAGUGAGGACACCUGGUUAGAGGGGGUCAGGAGGCUGGACAUGUACCAUUGCAAUGAAAUCGAAACCAGUUUGUGGCGAGAGGUCUCCUUUCCAGCAAUUCUGCUGGCUGUGUGCUUCAUCAUCUGUGCAUGUGCAAGAUGGUUUCUGGGAGGAAUAAUAGCCAGUGUCUUCACAUGCUCGUUGAUGAUAACUAUUGCCUACACUGUCAAGUCAUUAUUUCUUGGCCUUGCCAGCCAUGUCAAAUCCACCACCUAUGCUCAAUUCUCAAAUCUAGUUUGUCGGAGAUUUUACAUGAAUGCGAUGUCACAGGAGAGAGAAAUCACCCAGCGCUGCCUGGUCUGCUUGAGGACCUCUACCUGUAGGGGCUUCUAUUGCCAUACCCAGCUCAUGGAAAGACCUGCCAUUUUGAUGGAGCAUCUACUAUGUGCUAGAUGUUGUAUCUGCCUUAUCUAUAAUUCCCUCCACGGUCCUGCCAAGGAUUACUUCAUAUUGUAGCUGCUGUAACAGGCAAACCCACGUAAUGCCUGAUGUGGACGAGGUGAUUCACCAUCGUUUUGUUUAAACAAAAAUAAGAACGUCCAAAUAAACAAGAGAGAACGUUACCCAUAAUCCCUCAACACAGAGACAGCCACUGCCAACAUCUUGGUGUUUAUCCAAGAAAACUGUCUUGGUUGCAAGGUUGAUGAGAUAUGAAAACAAGCCACCCAGUGAGAAGGACUUGGGGCAUGGAAACAGCCACCAUCUGGGGUCAAACGUGCGGCCAUUGUCCUGUUGGAAGCAGAGGGCUUGGCAGAUGACAGGCCCAGCCCCCUGCUAUGAUUUAUGGAAAGGGCAGCCAUCAGCUGUCACUCUGUAGGAAAGUCACCUGACUCCCCACCCCCAGUGUGGCGUUGAAGAUGGCCACAAAAAAGUUAGUUUUAAAGACGCUUUAUCAAAAAGGAAGCAGGACAUAAACUAAAAUCUAGUGUAUCGGUUCAUCACUGUGCCCUCCCCUCCCCCUUCCUGCCUCCUACCCUUCCUUCCCUCCUCCCUCUCCUCUG